AGUGGGAUCGACAAAGCUACCUGGAUCCACGACGGCCACUUUCGACGGCAGUAACCACGAAGACGCCAUGACGACACAAUCACCCACAUCGUCCUCGACUCGGCUCUCCGCUAUUGGUCUAGUCGCAGCGAUUUAUCUUCUUCUGGCGACACAGGUAUGCGGCGCAGCUUAUUACGGAAAGCUUAUCGGCAAGCUGUCGGAACUUCAUCACGGCGUGAGCGGUGAAGUUUACGCGGUGGACGGCCGAACUCUGUUCGUCAAGGACUUCACGUACGACGGCGAAGCACCAAGUGCCUACUUUUACGUCGGUAAUUCGAAGAGCCCGAAUGCGAACGGAAUCAGGGUUCGGGACGAGACUGGAUCAUCGGACAUGCUGAAGCGGUAUCGGAGGAAGGACAUCACGCUGACGCUACCCGAGGGCAAGACGUUAGGCAACAUCAAAUGGUUCUUCGUGUGGUGCGACGACUUCUCCGUGAACUUUGGGGACGUCAGAAUACCACGAGGUUUCGAUUACCCGAAACCGCAAAAAUUGGCAGCGCUCAACGGUGUACACGCGGUCAGUUCCGAACCGAUCGUCGCGGUCGAUGCCCAAACCCUAUUGAUACCUAGCUUCAGCUACGACGGCGAGGCGCCCGACGCGAAAUUUUGGGUGGGUGCCGGACCAACGCCAUCGCCGCAAGGUGUCCGCGUGCCCGACGAGAACGGAAUUGUGCGGCCGCUGCGUAUGUACGAUCGCAAAACCAUCGUGCUCACGUUGCCCGGGGAUCUAACGAUCCACCAGAUCGGCCACUUCGGCGUCUGGUGCGAGGCGUUCGCCGUGGACUUUGGCCAUAUACAAAUUCCGCAGGGUCUUAACGUGCCACCGUCCCUGAAGAUGCUCGGAGUUUCGCCGCAGUCGAAACUGAACUGCGAAGUUCUGGAGGACAGACUGGCUUUUGAGGUGCGAUGGGCCGUGGCCGGAGACAGCAUAGUCGCCCAACUCGUUGGAAAACUUGAGGAUGGACAGUACAUGGCGUUCGGAAUAUCCGCGAAUCCCGAGAGAAGCCUAAUGAUCGGUGGAGACGUGGCAGUGGCCUGGGUCGACAAGCAAACUCUUCAGGGCUACGCUGUCGAUUACUUUUUGGAGGCAAAGUCUCAAUGCUCCGGUGGACGGGGUAGCUGUCCUGACACUCGCAUAAAAGAGAACACGAAUUCCAUUCGAUUGUUGAACGCGGCGCUGGUGGACGGAUACAGCAUUGUCACGUAUCAGAGAUCGCUAAAGGCGAGCGAUGAACUGGACCAUCAAAUCCUGACGAACGGCUCGCAAGCGAUCAUCUGGGCCAUCGGCCCACUAAACGAGAGGCAAGAGGUCAGCUUUCACACCGACUAUCUGAAAACCGAUCGUUUCAUCGAUUUCGGUAGACCGCCGGUUUGGAAUUGUCCCGUUCCAGAUCACGAAAACUCUCAGAUAUUACCGAGCAGCAAUGGCGACAAGGACGAUGGUAUUAAUGAGCAAUCGGUCGUAACUCCGAAAAGACCACCGCGUAUACCUGCGACUCCUGCACCGGCACCUAGAGACGACGCUUGGGAUAUUCCACCCAUCCAGUGCGACGAACCCGAGGAUGGAGUGUUAUACGCUCAGAUGGGACCCACCGGAGGAAAACACGGAUAUCCCGCUAUCACCGGUCACGUUGGUUGGGGUAUCUCGUGGUACAUAAACGGCCUACUAAUUCCCGAGAUCAACGUCGUCCGUGGGAAGAAAUACACUUUCGUGGUGGAAGGUGGGGAAAAUCCCGAUACCCCGGCUCGUUAUCAUCCCUUCUACAUUACCGAUGACCCGAUCGGUGGAUAUCAACACAAGACGCCGGAGGAGAAAGCCAAAGUGAAAAUAUUCGCGGGCGCCCAACGUCAACGCGGAGUAUAUCGACCUACGGGUGUCGGACGUCUUUGCAACUGGGUGCCCGAUCAGAAUCAACCUCUAGCGGACGAGUUCUCGUCGUUCGGUGCUUAUCAGCGCACAUUGACUCUCGAAUGCGACCAGGGAGAACCAGGCUUCGUGGAAUGGACCCCGGACGAAGACACGCCCGAUACCGUGUACUACCAGUGUUACACGCAUCGUUACCUGGGCUGGAAAAUAAACGUUCACGACAGCUGCGAUACCAGCGAAGCUGCUGGCAGCGAGAAUCACGAGUUUUUCGUCAAUCCGAAGAAUCAACGUCCUAUCGAGGACCUCCAGAGUAGCUCCAGCAUUCGCGUGUCGAGCAAGGUAACACCAACAGCGGAGUUCCUUCAGCAGCAUCCUCAUCAUCUUCAUGGUGAACCCGGGCUUCGUUACUCUUAUCAUCCAGCGACUAACCCCGACAAGCUAAGCACGUCAUACACGCAGUUACUAACGACCGCUAAUAACAACAAUUACGUACGCUUGAAAUCGUCGCCGUACGAGUACGAGGAACCGUUCACUUCGAAACCUUCGUACAGCACGCCAGGUCUCGGCGUUGCGCCUCAUCGUCACGAGGUACGCGUGAAGGAAACGCAUCAUAUGCACGUCGACGGGGAUCUCAUGCAGCAGCAUCACAACCACCAUCAUUAUCAUCAACAGCUCGCACCGAUUUAUCGCGAACAAUCGAUGGGAGUCACCAGACUGACCUCCUCUUACCCUGGCCGGCAACAAAUCAUGGAGAUCCAGCCGGAGCUCCUUCGGCAACCCUCUAACCAGCAAUUGUCUAACCUCGUUGCAGAUAAUCCACGACCACUGAGCCAUGGGACGAAACACGCUUACCCGGCUACCGCCAGUCCACAGAUCCUAUAUUCCAGGCCGGUACCUCACCAUUACGCCACCAAUUACCACCAUCUUUAUCAUCCACCCCUUCCCCAUCAUUAUCAUCACCAUCAGCCGGACCAAAGGACACAGCUGAUGUUCGUCAAGAGACCGGUGUUGACACGUCGACCGAUGUUGCAGACCGCCCAUACGAUGCCCCAGCCCACCCUUCCCCUACCGCCCAGAUCGGUCUUCAUGGAACGCAAGAAGACCGUCUACAGACCCUCCUCCUCGACUUAUGGAAGGAGAACAGCCGACAGACUUUCCCAAGGCAACGAUAACCUUCAGAUCGCGAAGCUGAAGAAGGUCGAUUCGAAGCAACGAGCCAAACUAGAGACCAAAGUGUCGAACUUGGACAUUCCCAAUAUCUUCGUCACACCUAUGAAACCCGCCAGGAACACGGGAUUCAAUCCAGACUCGAUAGUGAUCGAGAGCGGCUUUAAACCCAUCAUUAGAAGCGUCGAGAAAUCAGAGGACGUGGCUCAGAGGAGAAUCUCGGAAAGGAUCGAGGAAGAAGAAGAGCCGCGCGUUCAGGAAACUAACCGUAAACCGAUCGACAACUUCGAGCCAGUUUUCAUACCUUCUCCGCCCGUGCCGACAGUCGCCACGAUCAAGAAAUCAAAGAAGAAAACCACGAAUGCUAAACCGCGUCCGAGCGAAGCGGAUGAUAUGGAAAUGGCUGCCGACAGAGUAAAUGCUUAUUACUUGCCACCGCAUCCUAGCUCGCUUUCCAACGAACCUCCACCCUCGCCCUCGCCGUCGGCCGAGGUACUGAUCACCUUCGACGGAAAAAUGUUAAAGGAUUCCAGCUUGGUCAGGUCCAUUUCCGGCAUCGAGGAACACUCCAAGAGCAAGCUUUCCUCCGACAUUCUCAGCAGAACGCCGCAGUUCGGCAAAUUUAAAGGGGAACUACCUCCACCGAUUCCCGGCGAGGCGAUUCGAUCGGAUCAUUCUCAGCUCGAGAAACGUCGUCUCCCGUCGUCGGAUCUAUCGGUACCCCCGGUACGAACAACGAAAAAUACCAGGCUGAGACUCGUCGAAAGAUCGAAGAGAUCCCCGCACGAGGGACACGUACACGUUGCGGAUUUUCGCGCGAAUAGCUCCGAAACCAAUUACCACGACAAUCACGAUCAUCGCGAUCACCAUGGCCAUCGUGAAAAUUCAAUCUCUACGCUUGUCAACGCCGGUCAAUCGAUCAUAGCUAACUUCGGAUACAUACUUUUGGCCGUAAUCGUUUACCAUGUCGUUUGA